AUGAUACUGAGGCCCCCAGCUCUCUGCCGAGUCCCCCCAGCUCUCUCCCGAGUCCCCCCAGCUCUCUCCCGAGUCCCCCCAGCUCUCUCCCGAGUCCCCCCAGCUCUCUCCCGAGUCCCCCAGCUCUCUCCCGAGUCGCUCCCCGAGUCCCCGCUCUAUCCCGAGUCCCCCAGCGCUCUCCCGAGCUCUCUCCCGAGUCCCCCAGCUCUCUCCCGAGUCCCCCAGCUCUCUCCCGAGUCCUCCCAGCUCUCUCCCGAGUCCUCCCAGUCUCCCGAGUCCUCCCAGCUCUCUCCCGAGUCUCCCCCAGCUCUCUCCCGAGUCUCCCAGCUCUCUCCCGAGUCCCCAGCUCUCUCCCGAGUCCCCCAGCUCUUUCCCGAGUCCCCCAGCACUCUCCCGAGUCUCCCAGCUCCCGAGUCCCCCAGCUCUCUCCCGAGUCCCCCAGCUCUCUCCCGAGUCCCCCAGCUCUCUCCCGAGUCCCCCAGCCGAGUCCCCCAGCUCUCCCGAGUCCCCCAGCUCUCUCCCGAGUCCCCCAGCUCUCUCCCGAGUCCCCCAGCUCUCUCCCGAGUCCCCGCCCCAGUCCCCCAGCUCUCUCCCGAGUCCCCCCCAGCAGCUCUCUCCCGAGUCCCCCAGCUCUCUCCCGAGUCCCCCAGCUCUCUCCCGAGUCCCCCAGCUCUCUCCCGUCCCCAGUCCCCCAGCAGCUCUCCCGAGUCCCCCAGCUCUCUCCCGAGUCUCCCAGCUCCUCCCAGUCCUCCCAGCUCUCCCGAGUCCUCCCAGCUCUCUCCCGAGUCCCCCAGCUCUCUCCCGAGUCCCCCAGCUCUCUCCCGAGUCUCCCAGCUCUCUCCCGAGUCCUCCCAGCUCUCUCCCGAGUCCCCCAGCUCUCCCGAGUCUCCCAGCUCUCCCGAGUCCCCCAGCUCUCUCCCGAGUCCCCCAGCUCUCUCCCGAGUCCCCCAGCUCUCUCCCGAGUCCCCCAGCUCUCUCCCCGAGUCCCCCAGCUCUCCCGAGUCCCCCAGCUCUCUCCGAGUCCCCCAGCUCUCUCCCCCAGCUCUCUCCCGAGUCCCCCAGCUCUCUCCCGAGUCCCCCAGCUCUCUCCCGAGUCCCCCAGCUCUCUCCCGAGUCCCCCAGCUCUCUCCCGAGUCUCCCAGCUCUCUCCCGAGUCCUCCCAGCUCUCUCCCGAGUCUCCCAGCUCUCUCCCGAGUCCCCCAGCUCUCUCCCGAGUCCUCCCAGCUCUCUCCCGAGUCUCCCAGCUCUCUCCCGAGUCUCCCCAGCUCUCCCGAGUCCCCCAGCUCUCCCGAGUCUCCCAGCUCUCUCCCGAGUCCUCCCAGCUCUCUCCCGAGUCCCCCAGCUCUCUCCCGAGUCUCCCCUAUCCCGAGUCCCCCAGCUCUCUCCCGAGUCCCCCAGCUCUCUCCCGAGUCCCCCAGUCCCCCAGCUCUCCAGCUCUCCCCAGCUCUCUCCCGAGUCCCCCAGCUCUCCCGAGUCCCCCAGCUCUCCCGAGUCCCCCAGCUCUCUCCCAGCUCUCUCCCCCCAGCUCUCUCCCGAGUCCCCCAGCUCUCUCCCGAGUCCCCCAGCUCUCACACGCACACUCUCACUCCCACACACACUGUUAUCAUUAUCAGCCUUAUGCCUUGCCAGUCCAUCAGAAUAAAAAAUCAACACAAAAGAAGUGAAGAGACUCAUCCUUUUUAG